AUGGGUAAAGCCGCACGAGGCAAGCGCAAUGCGGCCUCCAAUUCUCCGUAUCAGAAGCCCGGUGGUGCGCCACUCUCCAAAGCAGCCUCUGCGAUUUUCAAGUUCAAUACGGACAUCGGCCAGCACAUCCUGAAAAACCCAACAAUCGCCGAUGCCAUCGUCGACAAGGCCAACAUUCAACCGAGCCAGACGGUUCUCGAAGUCGGUCCGGGUACGGGUAUCCUGACGACACGAAUUCUCGAGAAAGCGAAAAAGGUCAUUGCUGUCGAACUGGAUCCUCGAAUGGCGGCAGAGGUUACCAAAACAGUUCAGGCGACGCCUGCGGAAAAGAAACUCCAGGUUAUUUUGGGUGAUUUCGUCAAGACGGAUCUCUCCAAGCUCCCUCCCUUCCAGAUUUGCAUCAGUAACACUCCUUAUCAGGUAUAUUUCACACAUGGUCCGGUGUUGUGGUGUACGCUAACGAGUCCGCCACAGAUCUCCUCGCCGCUCAUCUUCAAGCUCCUCUCCAUGCCUAAUCCCCCAAAGAUCUGCAUUCUCAUGGUUCAGCGUGAAUUUGCCCUUCGAUUGAUCGCCCGCCCCGGAGACUCGUUAUAUUCCCGACUGUCAGUCAACGCACAGUUCUUCUCUCGAAUCUCGCACGUUAUGAAAGUGGGCAAGAAUAACUUUCGACCCCCUCCACAAGUUGAGUCUAGUGUGGUCCGAAUUGAGCCCAAGGCCGACCGACCGAACAUCAGCUGGGAUGAAUGGGACGGUAUGCUCCGCAUCUGCUUUGUGCGAAAGAACAAGACCCUGCGCGCUGGUUUCAUGGCCACAAAAGUCCGUGCGCUGAUUGAGCGCAACUGGAUCACAUGGGUUUCUAUGCACCCAGAGAAGGUUACUCAGGCGGACAUCGAUUUCCUUCAGGGCAAGGAUGUUUCUGCCCUGCAAGGUGCUGAUGAGGAUAUGGAUAUGGGCCAGGAUGGCGAUGAGGCGGUCGAGGGAGGUGACGACGAGGAUGAUAUCUUCAUGGACUUGGGAGGGGACAACGAUGCUCCAGUCACUGCCAGCAAGGGCCCACUCGUAGCAAUCGGCGACCAGCAGGUCCCUCGGGCCAUGGUGACGAAACUGAUUCAAGUGAAAAUCCAACGAGUUUUGGAGCAGGCCAAUUUGGCGAACGCUCGUGCCCAGAAGUGUGAUGAAAAUAACUUCCUCCACCUUCUACAUGGAUUUAAUACAGAAGGUAUCCACUUUUCUUGA